CACCUCUACGAUCCGAACAAAUGUGUCGGACAUGAAUUUGUCGUGAAACCAGAAAAAAGGCAGAAAUAGAAAUUUCUGGUUACGGUUGAGCGUCAAAGUAUUGUCCGGAGCAAAAAAGAAUUCGUCGUGUUUCAGAGUUCUCUCUCGCGCCCUCCAUUUUGACUCUUCAAUUGAGAGUCGAUCGAUUUCGUGGGUCGGUCGAUUUUUCUCCUUCAUCACCCGAUCUCUCAUCUUUCAAGGUCAGUCGGCCGACUUUGGAUCUCAGUUCUUCUCGAUCCGAUUUCCAUCUUGUUGUUCAUUUUCGCUUCGAUCUGAUUUUGAGGAGGGGGUGGUUGUGGAUACACCGUGCUUAGGAAGGAAUGUAUCAAAUUGGGAUUCCUUGUUUUUGGGGUUGUUGAUGAUACGAUCUUGAAUUCUAUGGAUUGAUUGCGGGAUUGAAGGAAUUUGAUUUUCGAGAAACUCGAUUAUAUGCCCGAUCUGGAUGCGAAAGAUCAAAGAUCGCAAUUACGAUGGUCUAAUUGGAGAUCUGACGAUUUUUUUUGUUUUGAAUUUGUGACAAAUUUCCCUAAUCGUAAUUUGUUCACUUCAUUUAUCUUCUCCAAAUCUAUUAAGUCUUUGGAAAAUCUAAAUUUCAUUCAUUUUUUUCCUGGUCUUCUGUUUUGGGUUUUUUAUUUUGGGUAACUUGAUUCUGUUGAAGAAAUGGGUUCCAGAUAUGGAGGGAUUUCUGGGUUCAUGAAUAAGACGACCAUUCCGUUUGGGGUGUUGAUUUUGCUAUUGUGUGUGAGUUAUAGGGAAGCUUGGAUUUCGGUUUUCUCCAGAAAUGGCUAGUGGGUUUGGGGAAUCAACCAGCAGGCCGCCCCAAAGCCCCUCGUUUGCUAGCAGCAGCAACAACAGCAAUGGAGAUGCAGGCAACUUCGAAUGCAAUAUCUGCUUUGAAUUAGCUCAGGAUCCUAUCGUAACUCUGUGUGGUCAUCUCUUCUGUUGGCCAUGUCUCUACAAAUGGCUACAUUUCCACUCUCAGUGUCGGGAGUGUCCUGUUUGUAAGGCUUUGGUUGAGGAGGAAAAGCUGGUUCCUUUGUAUGGUAGAGGGAAGACAUCUACUGACCCGAGAUCAAAGUCCAUACCUGGUGUUAAUAUCCCAAACCGUCCAGCUGGGCAGAGGCCCGAAACGGCUCCUCCACCAGAGCCGAAUAAUCAUUUUGCUCAGCAUGGGUUUGGGUUCAUGGGAGGUUUCGCACCUAUGGCGACUGCGAGGUUUGGGAGUUUUACUCUUUCUGCAGCAUUUGCUGGCCUCAUCCCUUCACUCUUCAAUCUACCUGGUCAUGGGUUUCCAGAUGCUGCUAUGUAUGGUGCUGCUAGUGGUUUUCCUUAUGGGUUCACUAAUUCGUUCCAUGGUGGCCAUGCGCAUAUGUAUCCACCAGAUCAUGGACAAGGCCAACAAGAUGUCAAUCUCAAAAGGCUGCUUUUCUUAAUUGCUUUCUGUGUUCUCCUUGCUCUGCUCUGGAAUUAGAAAUAAAUAUAUGUCCAUGAUAGCUUAAUUGCUAACAGGUGCUGCUAGGUUGUCAGCUACUUUGCCCAUGUAACUCUUUUAGUCUGUUUUUCUGAUUCAGAAAAUCCCCACCCACCUUUACUCUUGUGCGAAGGCAAAAAUGUCCAUAAGUGCUUUGUUUACUACUCUUGUAGCUCCUUCCCUUUUUCUCUUGCACCAAGUAUGUGGAGUGCAGAUCACUGUUAUUUCUUCAGCUUCCAUUAUGUUGUACGGUGUUUGGAUGUAUCAUGAUGGCGGAGCCAAAUGUUUGUGGCUUUUGUAAAUUCAUUUUUCAUUUUCAUGAUAUGCUGAUUACUUAGGACCUCCCUUGUGAGGUGUCUUCUUUUUUCUUUGCUGCUAUGUUAUGAAUUUCAAUCUGGUGCAUCUUCCUCCCUUGAUGCAUACAAGAUAACUGGUGCUUUAGCUUACUUUGGCUCUAUACUUUAGAGACUAUCUUUUGCGACUAUCGGCUUUCAUCUUUUUCCUUGCUUCAUGGGUUUUGUGGUUAUUGCAUAUUCACAUUCCUAUCACAGGAUGAUCCACGAUAAUGUCUUCUCAUAAUUAGGGCUCCUAUACAUUUGUGCACAUUGUCAUUUAGUUUUCAGUUUUUCCACUUACGGUUGUACAAGUACAGGAAGCCUAUUGCUCUUUUGAGGAAGGAUGAACAUUAUUGUCUCCUCACAGACCAAGAGAAGGUAUUUGCCGAGUUAUUUCCGGCUUUCUUCAGACUCCCAAAAAUAUCUUCCUGUGACAGAAGUUGGGCUGUAAAUGGAAGUGUUAGCAGGAUUUGAGCCAGACGGAGUAGCCAAGAUCAGGUUAGUAGUCAUCUUUUACUGCCUUUAUAACUGUUUAGGGACACACUACACAUGAGUAAGUGGAACAGAUUUGUACUAUUGUAGGGUCCAAAAAAGAUAGUGCUAGUUGCUUAUCAUUGUAGUACCAUUUUCAUAUGCUUGAAUUGUCUGCUAGCUAUUGAAUCUUUCAGUUUUGGCGAGUGCCUUUUCUUUUGUCUCACUUUCUGCAAAAACUUCAGCAGCAGUAGAGCAUUGAAGACUUGUAAUGAAAUAAUUCAUGAUUCGCCACUUACUGUGAAGAUACCCUUACAAUUUAGGGGGAGUGGCCCCCGUUUGAUCUGGAUUUUUUCUUCGUUCAGCACAUGGGUUGUUACCUGGGUUGAAAUAUUGGUAUUUGUAGUUGGAUUGGAUGUCAACAACAGAAAACAGUCCCUACUUUGCUUUUACAACUAUUAUUAUUGGGAAUCUUUGAUCCUAGAUAGGCUUCCAUGUUGCAGUAUGGAGGAUUGCUGGCUUCCUCUUUCAAGUGGGACUUUGCUAUGGUGCUGCAAAAUCUUGAGUGCCUACCAGAGAGCAGCAGCAUUCCCACUGGAUUUCUUUUGGUCUAUUUAAUAAGUCGCUACUUGACAACUUGAAGGUUCUUUUAACUCUUGAUUUACCAUAUUCUUCUUCCAACGUUUUGAGGUGAAUCAUAUGCUUUGCUGCGAGGAGCUAAAUGUGCAUUUUGCUUGGAGUUGAUGAAUGAAACUGUUGUUGUAAGCAAGCACUCGGAGGUAUUGGAUGGGUGUAUGUUGGGUCGAGCUCGAGCUGAUCAAUCGGUUUAUUGUGUACCCGGUUGUUUAGACAAAACCGCGAGUCAGAUUGUGUUAUAUGGCUGAAUCAAGUCAUAAAAACCUGUUAACAUAAUUGGCCCAACGACGCAAAUGACAAGGCGACUAGAAUUGGGUUGAUCCGUCUAGACGACAGAAGGAUUGCUAGCUAGGUUGGUAGUGUAGCAAUGUUUCCUUUUUAGUUGGAUUCUGGGCUUGACUUCAAAUCGCAUUUUAACCAUAUUGUCAUGUAAUGUUGCUGCUUUGUACAUCUUUUUUUUUUUUUUAAUAUAAAACUAACCAUAUG